GAAUGACGUCCCUUUCCUUCUCUCUCUCUCUAAAACUAUUCAUUUUCUCUCUCACGCAGUGGCGCGCAGUCAACGUGUCCAUGUCCUGUGCGUAACACCUCCCCCGAAGCAAAGCAAUCCCCUCGUUCCAGAUCCCGAUUUCCGUGUACGUUGCUUCGGAUGUUGUUGGAGGACUUCCGUCUUCUGCUGUUGACGCGCGUGCUCGUUUCCGGCCAUUGAUUGAUUUUCUGCUUCAAUCGUGGCCCUCGGCUGCUCUGCUUCCCCGCUCAAGUUCAGUUUUAAUUGAAUUUCUUGUUAUGUUUAAUGAAGUUCGGCGGUUGUGUGUGUUGUUUUGGUUGUUCUGUUGGGCGAUUUCUAUGGAAGUCCUCCUGUGAUCGGUUCCCAUCGGCAUUGUUUCUCAAAGUGGUGGCUGGUGUGCAGUUGAGAAUAGGAAGGUGUAAGAACUCAAUUGGCGUUCGAUGGCGAACGGAGAUAUUGACCGCUGUGUAUUCCCCCUGACAAGCUUGCAGAUUGGGGAUUUACAGUCCUAUCUUUCACAUCUGAGCUUAUUUCUGGCCUCACACAGUGGAAAACUGUAUAUUUUGGUGGAUAAUAGACCAUGGUUAAAAGAUCUUGGUUCACGCCCUACCCAUCUGUGGCAGUUGAUGGUCACUAAGUCCAGGCUGUCCCCCUUUGCUAACACUAGAGGCAGGAAGGACAAAAAGAUGAUAGGCGAAUUGUCCAAGCUACAGGCUUCUUCAUCAUCGAAUUCAAGGAAAUUGAGUAAUGUGAAAAAAUGGCUUUCAUUGAUAGAUGCUCUCAUGUUAUCCAGGAAAAGAGCUUUAUUACCUGUAAAGAAACUAAGGAAUACUUUGAUUGCAAACAGCAAGUUGCAUAGAACUCUGUAUGGUUUUAUUGUGUUUGAGGUUGCUUGGAGCGAUGUUCGUGGUAUCAAUUAUUUGAAUGAGCUUCAGACUGAUACAUCUCUUGCAAUAGAGGCUAAAGUCAUGAGAAGGUGGGAAUUUGAUAGCAUAACACAGGCAGCACAGUUGAUAUCAUCCUGGUUUCCGGGGACACUCAAUGAAAGGACUAUUUUGGAAGAACAUUUAUGUGCUACAAUCGGGGAGGUGUUCUAUGAUGUGCAGGAAAGUUUUCCGAGGACUGAGAAUGAUUUUGUUGACAUUUUUAGAGAUGACAUGUGUUUCGGAGAUGAAUCUCCCUGCUCUUCGAGCAACAUUUUCAGAGUGUAUCCAGUAUCAGUGGGAAAUGGGAUGAGUGGAUUUCGUACGCCACCACCUGCUGAUUGUCCUUACAAAAGAAGAAAAGUGAUGACUUCCAUUUAUGAUGAGCUUGAAAUUUCUUCUGGAGAAGAAGCAGUUGAAAUACUGUCCCAUACUUCUGGUCUAGGUGAUUGUCAAGAGUCACUUGAGCCCAUUCUAUACAGAGAUGUUCUAAUUUUGUUUCGAUUCUCCGAUCAUGACCUUCCCUUUAAACUAAAGGACAUAAUCAUGCCUGAUUUGCGGUUACUUACCCUACUUGAAGCUGGACUUCCAUCUUGGGUUAUUUUCCUCCAAUCUUAUCCUGUGUUUUGCCAUCUAUAUCGUCCAUGGAUGUGUCCUCUGGCAAGAGUUUUGUACGUUCUAAUAUCUAUUGUCACUGUCCUCAUUGGAUUCUACGAUUUGUAUAAAAAUGUUCCUCUCCUCAAGGCAACAGCUUCUAGCUUGUUUGGACCACUCUUUGAUUGGGUGGAAAAGUUGGAAAUGAUCUCAAGAAUUAAAUAUCUGGGAACUAUGCUUUUUCUUCAUAAUUUUCAAAAGGCCGUCAAGUGGUUUCUUAUGGUGACGCAGGCUACUCGUACGUGCCUUUUGUGUUUUAUAGACCCAAUGACUGCACCUGUUGCCGAGUUCUUGGAAGUUUUCCUCCCUCUCUGGAACAUGUCUGUGCGAAUAGUUGAGAGUUUCUUUUCUGUGACUUGGAUGGUGGUCGAGUCUUCAUUUACAAUGGCCGGAGAUACUAUUGAGAUGCUACUACUGCCGCUAUGGUAUAUAUUAGUGGUAGCAUGGAAUAUUGCAACUGCUAUUAUAUACCCCAUCUUCUGGGUUCUAUGGGAAGUUCUUUAUGCUCCAGUUCGUCUGCUAGUAGGGUUUUUCAGUCUCAUUGCUUUCUUCUGUAAAUUCACGUACGAAAUGGUUGGAGACUUGUUGGUAUUCGCAAGCAGCAUAUUUAAUUUCACUCGAGAUGUGGAGUCAACAGUGAGCUCGUACGAGGUGUCAAUAUGGCGUUCUCUUUGGAAUGACCUUUUCUCACAGGUUUUUCGUGCUCUGCGAAGUAUUCUUAAUGGUUUUGUUGCCUUUUUUGCUGCCCUCAAUAGACAUCGACUAAGCAUUUACAACUAUGUAAAGGAUUUCUUCGAAAGAUUAUCGGGCACAGCAAGGAGAGCGAGUUCUGAAAAACAUAGUGAAACUGGACCGACUUCGGAAGCUCCGCUUUCUCAGGGAAGUGGGAGAACAAAGACUCAUCGUCAACAACAACAACAUCAUCAUCAUAGGGGGGUGGUGAAAUGGAAGAAGAGUUGAGCCAAGGUGGUAAUAAUACAGGAAAGGAAAGGACAAAACUACUACUUCACCUACCUAGUCUAGGGAUAUGUAAUAUAAUUAUCAUCUUUGUUUAUUUCUUUGUUUGUUUCUUUGUACAUAGACACACAGACGACUGUGUCAUCAAAUCAGUUGAUCCCAUAAAGCUAGCUGGGGAUCUCUCUCUGAGUGUGAUUCUUUAAAUCACCUUCACCAACCAACAAUGUAUAUAUAGAUCUCUCUCUCUCUAGUUGAGUUGUAGUUGGAUUUUACCAUUUGUUAAACAAUGAAAUAACUUAAUUAUAAUUUCAAUUAUAAUAUAAUAGUAGUGUAUAAUAUUUAAUUUUAAA